UCCGCCUCAAACAAAACAAAUAUGCCUAACAAUAAGCGCGACUUCGGUUUAAAAUGUUCUCAAUAUUUUACCGCCUUUUCUUCGCUAUUUGUUUUCCAUUAAGUGGGAUAAAUACAUCAUUUACACCAAGUGUUUUACCUAAUAAAACUCCAAUUUUUGCAAAUAUUCUACAAUCUAUUGACGCCGCUAAAAGUGAUGAGCAUUUAUAUAACGUGACUCUUCAAUUCUUAAAAGAUUUGUGCCAGUGUUUAAACGAGAAAUUUAAAGGAGACAAUUCGUUUGAUAGAACAUCGAACAUAUUAAUCUGGAAUGAUGAGAACUCAUUAUAUAAAAAGGUAAAUAACAGCACUUGUAUACAAUUGCAACAGCAAAUUUCUCAGAAAAUAGAUUGGGUUGAUCUAAACGAAGCGCGCUAUAGGGAAGAAAAUGACAGAAGACAGAAAUAUUUCAAAGACCAGUCAAACAAUUCGUUCAGUUACGAUGUAGAAGAAAUACUUUAUCAAACACUUAUAGAAAGUAAGGAUGUUCACAACUAUUCAAUCCAUAAGUAUAGUUUACUACGUAGGAAGACAUUUUUAGAAAACCCUACACAUAAUGUAAUCGUCAUUAUUACAUUUCAAUCCAAAAAUAACGACCAGAAAAAUAUUCAUCUGGAUGAAAAUGAUAUUAAAAAAUUAAUAUAUAUCAACAGUUCCAUAGCGAUUGACGUAAUUGACACGAAAUAUGAAAAAUCUUUUCAAGAAAAUGCGAACACCAAAUCCGAUUCAGUAAGCCUAUGCAAUUUGUAUUCAAUUUACAAUUUUUUGGCAUUACAUCACAAAAAUAACAAAACACAUGUAUUUAAAGUACUUCGGAAAUAUCAAUCAGUUAAAAUAUAUUUGGAUGUCAUAACAGACCAUGUUCAUGAUGACUUAACAACUCUGUGUUGUGUUAAUGGUUCCCUUACAUCAAGCUGCAAGGAACGAAUAUCGAUCAAAAAUACCAACCUCGAGAAAUAUGCUUUAAAGGUCAGUGCUUUUAGAAAUACUUUACAAAAAAUAAAAUCAUUGGUAACAUUUUAUACUGAAAAUAGUGAGUUGAAUGCCUCUGAAAUGGAUAUAAACGAGUGUGAUCAAAUGAAAAAUGAUGAAAAUAUUUUACAAAGUGAGGAUUUGGUUCAUGAGUUUUUCCCAAAACAAGAAAUAAACCAUACUAACAUCAAUAAAGAGAAAAAUGGACAGAUAUGGAAAAGUUACAACAGCGCUUAUGGCUCUAUACAAAAUAGUCACAAAAGAGAUAAAUUAUCAAAACGUCAUACAACAGAAGAAGUAAGUCCAAUUCCUAACGUUUCGUUCAUAAAUAAAAUAGAUAACAAUAUAACUAGUUUAAUUAGAAGUACCGUAUCCGUAAUAACAACGAAAGUAAAAUCAAGUCAGUCUAAGGAAUUGACAAAACCUAUUGUUUUGGAAUCGAAUCCGAUGUUAAAUAAUGAAAAAAUAAUACGUAUGACAAGUGAUCAACAAGACAAAAUUACUUUUUCUGAUACUGCUAUGCCAACAAGUAAUGGAAUGAUUACGAAUGCCACUAGUUUAUUUACACUACGUUUGGCAAACAAUACUCUUAAUCAGCAAGGUUUUACUACCCCAAUCCUAAGACAUGAUUAUGGGGAUGCAAAUAAUUUUGCCGAUACCAAUAGUUAUUUUACCAUUCAACUUUCACUGACCCAAAAUAAUUUUAGCAGUGGUCCAAAUUUAAGUUUAAAAACAAAUUUUGUUACAUCGAAAACGAAUGAAAACGAUGUAAGUGAAGAUUUAACAAAUUUUGACAAUCCAAAGGUACCAAUUACAAAUCAACAUGUGCUUAGUGACACACGUUCCCCGGCAUCUGGCAAUGACUUCCAAGAAAAAUAUCAAAAUAAUUUAAUAGACCAAAGUUCUAGUAAUAAUGACAGUUUUAUAUCCGCGACAACUAUUGGCAGAUUCGAAAAAACUCUGACGCAUACUUUACCUUUGAUAUCUCAAACUGAAACUUAUGUAUCCAGGUCUACUCCUGUCUAUUUGAGUAACCAAAGCAUCACGACAACGACAUUGACAGAAGAAACCUUUUCUAAUAGUCGAAAUCUAACACUUAGUGAGGUGUCACCGCCUACACAAGUUUAUUUAACUAAUGCUCAUAAAUUUAUAUUGCCAACAUCAAGCAAUGAUUUGCAACACAAUCGUCAUACAUAUGUACCUGCGAGUCUUCAAUUUAGAGGAAGUAAUGAUUUGAGUAGUCAAACAUCACUUUCUACUCAAAAUAACUUACGUGAUAGAUUAAGUAACGACACAUUAAAAAUUUAUAUGCAAGAAAAAUAUCAAACAAAUCUCAAGGGCAAAAGUAUGGGUAAAAACAAACAUAUGAAAAGUCUACAUAUAUCGACUCCAACUCAAAGGAUCUUUAACAAUAGCCUAGGCCCAGCUUAUGGAGUCAAUUUUGAAUAUAAUGAAGAUGAUGCUUUGAAGAAUGUUAAAAAUGACUUAUCUCCGACAACUAUUACUCAAACCAACAUUAUUAAUGGUCAAAGUUUAGCUACAACGACCAGUGAUAAAAAUAUUCAUGAAAGUAAUACUGAACUGAAUUAUGUCUUAAACCGAAGAUUUAAUAGGACUAAAACUAGUGAUCAGAAUACAACUGCAGCUCCAUCCAGAGGUGGAUUUCAAAUACUAAGUACAGUAGUAUACCUUACAGAACCAAUUUCAAAUUCAGGUACACUUAAAAAUAUUCAAGAAAAAAGUAGUGUACCAGUUAAACUUCGUAUUCAAGAUCGUUUCAUUACAACGACACCCAUAAUUAAUUUACUAGAAAAUAGUACGACACCGAUGAGAUCUAGUCAGCAAAGCUUAAUAACAACUAUUAAAGGUAGUAAAAAGAAAAGUACACGAAAAAAUAGAACUGCAAUAAAUAAUUUUACUGGUCAACAAAUUCUAAGUUUAACUACACCGUACAAUACAUUUAAAGAAAAUGUUAAAACACCUGUAGUCCGAGAUAAUUUUCAAGAUAACAAUUAUAAUAUGAGACCACCCACUGAAAGAUAUUUUAGUAAACAAUAUAAAUUUAGUUCUACGACAUUUAGAUAUGACAAAAUACUAAUGCCGAUGAAUGGCGAAAAUAAUAAUGAUUUUACAACUUCAGCACCAUCAACGUACAAAGGAAAAAGUGUUUUUUUACGAAAAACGCAGCAGUUAGCAGGAUUAAACAUCAAAAACGAUAAAAAUAACACUGAUCUGUUAUGGAAAAAUGAAAUACCUAAUUUAUCACCAGAUUCAACUUACAACAUUUACAUGAAAAAUACACAAGUUUAUUUAAGUAAUGUACAUAAAUUUAUAUUGACGACAUCAAGCAAUGAUUUACAACACAGUCAUCAGACAUAUGUACCUGCGAGUCUUCAAUUUAGAGGAAGUAACGAUUUGAGUAGUCGAAAUGUAUCGCCUUCUAUUCAAAAUAACAUACAUGCUAGAUUAAAUGAAACGACAUUAAAAAAAAUUAUGCAAGAAAAAUAUCAAACGAAUACUCCAUACGGUGUUACGAAAAACUAUUUAACUAGUAGAGAAAGUUUAAGAAGAAAUUAUGAUACACAUAAAGCACUCUAUAGCCAGACAAAUAAAAACAACCAUAUACAAGGUCUAAAUAUAUCGACUUCGACUCAAAGUAUCUUUAAAAAUAGCCUAUUCCCAGCUAUUAGAAACAAUUUGGAAUAUAAUGGAGGAGGAGGAGGAUAUAAUGGAUUAUCUUUAAAUAAUGUUAAAAAUGACUUAUCUUCGACUCAACACAACAAUAGUUAUGGGCAAACUUUAGCCACUUCGACGAGUGAUAAAAAUAUUCAAGAAAAUAAUACUGAACUGAAUUUUACCUUAAACCGAAGAUUUAGGACUGAAACUAGUGAUCAGCAAAAUACAACUCCUGCUGCAUUCAGAGACGCAUUUCAAAUACUAAGUACAGCACUAAACCUUACAGAUCAAUCAAUUUCAGUAUCAGGUACACUUAAAAAUAUUCAAGAUAAAAGUACUGCACAAGAUAAUCUUCAUAUUCAAGACAUUUUAAUUAAAACGACACCCAUAAAUAAUUUACUAGAAAAUAGUACGACACCAAUUCAAUCGAGUCAGCAAAGCAUAAUAAUAAAUAUGGUAAAAGGUAAUAAAAAGAAGACUAUACAACAAAAUAAAACUGCAAUCAAUAAUUUUACUGGGCAACAAAUUCUAAGCUUAGUUACACCUUAUAAUAAAUUUAAAGAAAAGGUUACAAGACUUGUAAUCCGAGAUAAUGUGCAAGAACACAAUCAGAUGAAAUUUAAAGGCGAAAAAGAUCAUGCCCAGGCGAUCCACCACCAACCCACACGAACAUAUUUUAGUAAAGGAUAUAAAUUUAGUUCUACGACAUUUAGAUAUGACAAAAUACUCGUUCAGAUUAAUAGUGAAGACAAUAAUGAUUUUACAACAUUAGUACCAUCAACGCGCAAAGAAAGCAAAAAAAAACUUUUACGAAAAACACAUAAGUCAACAGAACUAACAAUCAAAAACAAUGAUAAUAAAUCUGAUCUGUUAUGGAAGACUAAAAUACCUAAUUUGUCACCAGAUCCAACUUUCAACAUUAACAAGAAUAAUACACAAGUUUAUUUAAGUAAUGCCCAUAAAUUUAUAUUGACGACAUCAAGAAAUAAUUUACAACACAGUCAUCAGACAUAUGUACCUACGAGUCUUCAAUUUAGAGAAAGUAACGAUUUGAGUAGUCAAAAUGUAUCACCGUCUACUCAAAGUAUCUUACGUGCUAGAUUUAAAGAAACGACAUUAAAAAAAAAUAUGCAAGAAAAAUAUCAAACGAAUACUCCAUACGGUGUUACGAAAAACUAUUUAACCAGUAGAGAAAGUUUAAGAAGAAAUUAUGAUACACAUAAAGCACCCUAUAGCCAGACCAAUAAAAACUACCUUAUAAAAGGUCUAAAUAUAUCGACUUCGACUCAAAGCCUCUUUAAAAAUAGAAUAGGCCCAGCUAAUAGAGACAAUUUUGAAUAUAAUGAAAAUGACGGUUUGGAGAUUGUUAAAAAUAACCUUACUCCGUCAACUAUCACUCAAUAUAACAUUAGUAAUGGUCAAAGUCUAGCUACUAUGACUAAUAAAAAUCUAAGCCUUAAAAAUAUUCAAGAAAACAAUGCUGAACUGAAUUAUAUUUUAAACCGAAGCUUUAGUAGCAUGAAAAGUAGUUAUUACCAAAAUACAACUACAGCUGUAUCCAGAGAUGAAUUUCAAAAACUAAAAACAUCACUAUAUCCUACAGAUAAACCAAUUUUAAUCAUAGGUACACUUAAAAAUAAUCAAGAAAAAAAUACUGUACAAGAUAAUCUUCGUAUUCAAGAUUGUUUAAUUACAAUGGCACCCAAAAAUUCAGAAGAAAAUAGUACGACACCAAUUCAAUCUAGCCAAAAAAGACUAAUAACCAAUAUUAACGGUAGUGAAAAGAAAAGUACACAAAAAAAUAAAACUGCAAUAAAUAAUUUUACUGGUAAACAAAUUCUAAGUUUAGCUACACCUUAUUAUAAAUUACAAGUAAAGGUAACCGUGCCAAAAACUCAUUAUCAUCCAAAUUUAACAACACCUGUAACUCGAGAUAACGUUCAAAAAAACAAUCAGAUGAGAUUUAAAGGCGUAAAUGCUCAUGCCCAUGCAACCCACUACCAACCCACUCAAAGAUAUUUUAUUAAAGAAGAUACAUUUAGUUCUACGACAUUAAGAUAUGACAAAAUACUCGUGCAGAUAAAUGAUGGAAAUAAUAAUAAUUUUACAAUAUCAGUUCCAUCAGCGUACAAAGAAAACAAAAAAAAACUUUUACGAAAAACGCAGAAGUCAACAGGAUUAACAGUCAAUAACAAAGCUAUAAACAACUCUGAUUUGUUAAGGAAAAAUGAAAUACCUAAUUUAGCACCAGAUACAACUUACAACAUUAACAUAAAAAAUGCAACAGACUUAAGAAAAGCGAAAUAUACACUAAUAACAGCAGAAAACGAUAUUAUAACUAACCCUAAAAAGGAACAGUUAUUGGUGACCCAGUUUAAUAUUUCACAACAAAUUGUUGGUAAGUUUAAAAAUGUGAAUGCCAACUAUUUUGAUAAAAUAACAUCAACAUCUAACAUCUCCCCAAAACCGUCUGAUAUACAACUUCAAGUAAAGCCCUUUUUGUCUAGAACUGUUUCAAGCUCAUUAAAAACUGUAAUGAAUAAGGACAUCGCAAAUAGAAGUGUUAAUAAAUCGAAUAUUGUAGUACCUAAAACUUUAUCGGCACAUAAUGUGAACUUAAAACAUAACAGCAGUAAUAAUCCAACUCUAAUACUGCAAGACAACUUACAAUAUAUAAUAAGUAAUAAUAAUAAAAACGAAACCUUGAGAAUCGUUCCCACCGACGUGGAAACAAACAUUGAACUGAAUGUAUCAAGAUCAAAAAAUAUACCAUUAGGUAUUAAUUCGGCAGCCCACUACAAAAAUAUAGAAGAUACCUUAACGAACUUAGCAUCCACUACUAUUUCUCCAUUAUGGACAAUGACAAAGAGUUUAGAUAGACUUCUUAAAUUGAAAAAGGCAACUAAACAUUAUAGUACAUAUUUUACAAUAAAAACUUAUUAUCCAAAUAAUAUAGGAUUCAACUCGCAAAUGUUUACAACCACUGUACUUUUUCCAACCCCUAAAAGUGGCAGUAGUAUACAAGCUAUAAGAAUUGGUAAUCAAAAAGAAAUAACGUUAUACAGCGAUGCCAGCGUAAUUACAAAUUACACUAUGGGAUAUAAUGGCAGUAACAAUUUGAGUUCUACUAAGCAAACAAAAUCUAUAAUUGAGAAGAAUAUUGAAGGAACAACAAAACACUCUUCCCCAAAACCUUUAAAAUAUAAUCAAACAGAAAAAAUAACUACAUAUAAUCUAAAAGCUACGGUUACAGAAUAUAAGGUUAAUAAUUCUAAUUCUGUAGCUACCUUGAGACAUCAGAAAGAAUAUACAACAGUAACAUUUCCUUCAGAAACGUGGAUGUCAAGCAAGAUUUUAACUAAUAUAAGCAAUCUGGAAAAUUCUAGCGUUAAAGCUGAAACAAAUGCUAUCUCUACACCACAUCGAAAAAAAAAUAAUAGAACAAGGACAUUGAAUCUUUCUCAAACCACCGCAUUAUCACAUUUUGACCCUGGAAAAUUAACUUAUUUUAUAAAUCGAAACUCUAAUACUGCUAAAAAAACAACUUAUCAAUACGCAAGUAAUAAAAGUACACCAACUCCAAAAAUAAUCUUACUAAACGUUACUCGAAGAAUUUAUAAAAAAAUUCAAGUCGAAGACACGAAAAUUUUAAAAAAUAAAAUGAAUAUGCUUAUAGUUACCACCGAUUCAUCGAGUAAAAAUGUUACUAUACAAACCCCUACUUCUCAAUUUUGGAAUAAUUCUAAUAGAACAAGUGUACAAGAAAAUAGUACGACCACAUUAAACAGUUUACAAAGCGAAUCGCAUCAAGGACAAUUAAAUGUCCAUCAAAGCAUUACAUUACAGAACAAAUUCAGAUACCGGAAAACAAAAAACAAUCGCGCGUUUACUGCAUCUAAUUCAUUAAAGCAAUGGACAACACUUUUACCGCUUACCGAACCAAAUAUUAAACUUUGGACGGUAAAAACAUUAUCACCAAAACUAUUAACUGAUGUGCAGAAUGGAUUACUAUUAUUAAAUCAAAGUCACUCUCAUACAACACAACCAGUACAAAGUUAUCCUGAAAAAGCAACCACGAGUGCAAUUAAAUUGGAAAGUUUGGUUUUUACAAAUGUUAUAAAACCUUCUAUAGCUUACUUUACAACACAAUUUAGUAAAAAAACACAAACAGGACAAAAUAUAUUAAGAGGUGUAACUGAAAAUGAGAGAGAUAUUAUUUUUAAUAAUACAGUUCCAGCAACUAAGACAAAUAACAAAUUCACAGUACAACAAAGUCAUAUAAAGAAAACUACAGAAAUGUCAAUAUUUAGUAAAUAUCGCAAACCAAAUGAUAUCGGGUUUGCAAACAAAGAUAAUUAUUUUACAAUGGAACUUAAAAGCAAAGCUGCUAAGUACUCUAAUGCUAUGAGUAAAACUAAGGCAAUGAAUCUAAUAUCUGAAAAUAUCAUGAACACAUCAAAGAAGAAUUUAUACAACAAGAAACCGUCAGACAUAACAACACUGUUGUUACCGACAAAAAUAAUCAAUGUCCAAAAUACCACGAGAAUAUUAUCUUCCAUAACUGAAGUCAAUAACGGAGGCAAAGGUGAAUACAAUAACUCAACUACAAUGAAUUAUAAUACUGGUAAUGUUUCUUUAUUAUCAAAACAAUUUAAUAAAAAAAUAUCAAAGCACAAGGUAAGUCCUAUAAGUAUUGACAAUGACUUGAUAAAGAAAUCAGUAAGAAUAACGUCACCUGUAAAUAUCAUAGAUUUGAAAGUUAGUAUACCGACGGAAGUUGUAGCAACUAGCCAAAGGCUUCUGAAAAGUGAAACGUCGAAAGUAAAAGAAAUGGAAUUGGAGAUAGACCGAAAUUUAACUACAACGAAGCAUUUACCAAUGAAGACACCUACAGAGACUUUCUUAAAAACAACAAAUUCCAUUACUCCAAUCAAACAAGAUAACAAAGCUUUCACUAGACACUAUCCGUUUAAGAAUAUAUAUACAAUGGGAGUGCGUUCAGAAAAUAUGAAUUUGCUAGGAACUACCUUUACAUCACAAACCACAAAAAUAUUUGAUGAUCAUCUAAGUAUAUUGAAACAUAAUUUUGGAUUUAAUAAUAUUACUUCAAUACAAAAUAAAACUCUUCUAUUAAGUCAAUAUAAAAUAGCUGGAACUGGAACUGCAAGUUAUGAAAACAAAGCUACACAAGAAUUACAUUUACAAAACCGAUCAAUGUCUCCUUCGCAAAAUAUACAAAAUCAGCAAAAUGUAACAAAUAGUAAUCAACAAACAAACUACUGUUCAGAUGUUUAUAAAGCAGUGUAUUUACAGAACAUUUACCUAAAUAUUCCUAUAUUAGUAGCUAAUCACAAUGACGUGAAUGUAUGUAACUUCUCUUACAAUAUUGUUGAAAACACCACUCAUAGUAAUUACAGCAACAUAAUUUCUAAAAACAAACUUUCCGAUUACUUGAAAAAUAUAUCAACUUUCAUAUCAAGUAAAAUCAUAGACCAAAAAUAUUCAUCUGAAAAGGAUAAACAGAAUGUGUUUGAAAACGCUUUCAAAUUUAAGCAAAUGAAUCCAAAGACAGAGAUAAUAUUAACAAAAACAGCGUGGCCUAUGACCACUGAAAGUAAAAAUAUCGCAUACCUAAAAACGAAUCCAAAUCGUAACUUAAACUUAUUACCGACUGAACGAAAAUUUUCUUACAUUGCAACUGAAAUAAAUCGAAGCACGAUUAAGCCUGCUAAAGUUUCAAUCUACAAAUAUUUUACUACUGCCCCGUACUCUUCCACAAGAAAAACAUUAACUACGUCUUCCUUCAUUAAUGUUCUUAAAGCAAAGAGCAUCACACCACUUUUAAAGGUUAAGAAAAUUCGAUAUAACACAUACAAACCCAAGACUGAGGAGGAUUUGGACACAACAAUAUUAAAAUUUAACAAAAAAAAGUUUUCGACUAUAAAUACUGUACAGAAAUUGGUAACCAAUUCUGAUUAUCGAUUAUUAAGCAGAACUACAAAUAAAGAAGAGAAAAUAAGUAACAAUAAAAAUAAAUAUUUAAAUAAUCAGAAAUACAGCGGAGUACCCAAAGUGCCGGUCAAAGACAUGAGAACAAUAAUUGUUCAUACAAAAAGUGUUAUAGAUCCUUUAGCUAAAACGAAUCUAUACCCCGUGCAACGAAUUCCAUCAACAAGCCAGAGGAAAGUAAUGAAAAGAAUUCGUCUGCAUAAGAACAAAGAAUUAUUGGCAAUGGACACCAAUGAUUUCUUCUCUCGAAGACACAUCGAUGUACAUCGUGAAUCAGGAGGAAAUUCACAUGGUAUUUUACGAAAAGGUUACUUAACUCCUAUACCUAAGGAAUACAUUAUACGCCCGACAUUUAAGAUGAUAGAUAAGCCUCGAAGUUUUCGACCCAAACCAAUUUUAAUUGAAAGUGAUAGUUUUUAUAAAAAUCACUUUCCGCGUAACCGGGGUAAAGGUUUAUCGUUAAUAGAACAGGUCGACUAUGUCCGUGAUACGACUAAAGAACCUCAAACAGUCUUAGAGCGACCCGCGUAUUUACCUCCACAAAGAAAACCGAAGUUCUUUAGGGACAGGAUUGAUUCCAUUAGGAAUUAUGUUCACAAUUCUGAUUAUCUAAGAAAAUCAAAGGCUCUUGUAUCUUUCAAUCAUUUUACUGGUUUUUAUUAUAAAUAAAUAUAUUAUUUAAUACAUUUCUUUUAACAGGUGACAGAUUGGUGGUUAGAUGACAUGUAUUUGAAAGUGCGUCUGCCGCUACCUAUUAAUUCUAGUCCGGGGAUGGUUUUCCCUCGGAAACACUUCGCUAAGAUGGAUGAAGUGGCUGAUCUCGCCGCUCUAUAUAUUGACGAUUUGCUCGACUAUAAAGAAAUGCUAGAUAGAGACGAACUGCCACAGGAGCGAGCCACAAGUCGCGAGAAGGGUCAGCCUCUCUGCAUGGAACAAUUCUAUCGAUUGCUGGGCGUCUGCAGAGUACCAGGUGAAGGAAAGGAUAGGCUGUCGCUGCCAAUACCACCACCAGAUCCUGAUAACUGUGAAGAGCUGGUCAUCGUUGCUUGUAGGAACUAUUUUUAUGCGGUGCCAGUGAAGGCACCAGACCGUGGAAGACUCUCAGCGGGUGAAAUUCAGGCACAACUUCUACACGCCUUAGUGGAUGCAUCAGCUGCGCCGGUCGCCCCUCGCGUAGGGCUGCUCACUGCUAUGAACCGAGAUGAUUGGGCGAGAGCAAGGGAACAACUUUUUAAAGAUGAAAACAAUCGCAACAACUUGGAACUCCUAAACCGGGCGUUGUGCCUGGUGUGUCUUGAUGAAAGUGGUGGAGAUCGUCGUGACUGUGACUCAGAUACAAACGCACUCCUGAGAGCCAUGCACGGUGCAGGGACACAGCAUCAUUCAGCUAACCGUUGGUUCGACAAAACAGUUCAGCUCAUAAUAUCAUCAGACGGUACUGUGGGUAUGUGUUACGAACACAGCCCGGCAGAGGGAGUGGCUGUAGUGAGGCUGGCUGAACGCGCAUUGGAACGUGCGGAAGUAGCAGACCGGCCCAAACCGCCCCCGACCCUCUUACCUGCUCCUGAGAGGCUCCAGUGGAAGCUAACUCCAGAACUUAAUAGUACUAUUGAAAAGGCGGCACUGGAUUUCGACCGGGCUAUCAAGGACCUGGACCUCCGUGUGUAUACAUACCGCAGCUACGGCCGCGAAUACAUGAAAUCGUGUCGUACCAGCCCUGACGUUUACAUUCAGCUUGCAUUGCAGUAUGCCUACUUCAAGAUGUACGGACAUUUGGUAUCCACGUAUGAGUCGUGUUCUUUGCGACGCUUCCGGAAUGGACGUGUAGACAACAUAAGAUCGUCCCACAGCGCAGCGCUCGCUUGGGCAACAGCUAUGUGUGCACCUGAGUCUCCUGCUACAGCCCAGACUGAUGAUGGGCAAAAGAAGGUCUCUUUUGAUUUGCAAGAGGGCCAAAAGAAAAUAGACUUAUUCUAUGAGGCAGCUCGUAAGCAGACCACUAUAAUGGAAGCUAACAUCCAAGGACAGGGAACUGAUAAUCAUAUGCUGGGCUUACGUGAGGCAGCAAGAGAAACCUUUGGCUCUUUACCUCCUUUAUUUACCGACCCAGCUUACCAGAAGAUGAUAGAGUUUAAACUCAGUACUAGUCAGGUGGCAACCACAACAGAAGGUACCUUCAUGGGUUACGGUGCUGUAGUACCCGACGGCUACGGCUGCAGCUAUAAUCCAAAGAAAGAUCAUGUCAUCUUCUGCAUAUCAUCUUUCGUAGCAUCGAACGUCACCAGCACAGAAGCAUUCCGACAGUCGCUGGAAGAGGCUUUAGACUCCAUGAAAGCCUUGUUUGAUAGCCGAAAGAAUGAAAAGUAAUAUGGAAAAGUAGAACUCUUUACUUUUAAAAUAUACCACCUAUAUUAAAUGCUAUAUUUUAUGUGUUAGGUACAUGUUAAAAUUAAAAAUACUUUAUAAAUUAAAGAAUUAAAGCGUAGUAUAAAAAAACGCACAUUACGAUACAUAUCAAU